AUGAAGUUCUCCAUCGUCCUCGCUAUUGCCGCACUCUCGGCCGAGACCUUUGCGUGCGCCAACAUUGGGCAAGUUUGUAACAAGGGAGACCCAGAUGUAUGCCAGUGUGAUGCCCCGCUUACUCUGUCCUGCAGAGGUGAUCUUGUCACUCGUCCGGGAGGCGACGACACCGCAGAUCAGCCGCCUCCCGUGCAUCUUGAUCAGAUUGCAACACACUCGUUUAUCUCUAAAGUCGUGGAUUGGGCCAGAACUAGUUAUGGUUGA